UCGAGUGAAUACAGAGUGUAUUUCCUAGUGUCUGGUGAGGGGAUCAGUUGCAGAUAUGAAACUAAACAGGAUAGGCUUGCUCUUUGGGUUUUUAGGGUUUUUGUUUUUGGAUGGGCUGCUGGUUUGUACGGCCAAAAACGUCCACCACUACAACUUUACUCUGACGGAGACGAAUUUUACAAGGCUGUGUACGACAAAGAGCAUGUUCACUGUAAAUGGCCAAUGGCCUGGCCCGACCAUUCAUGUUCGCAAAGGCGAUACGGCAUUCGUAAAUGUUCACAACGACGGAAAUUAUGGGGUCACGAUUCACUGGCAUGGAGUGAAGCAGCCAAGGAAUCCAUGGUCAGAUGGUCCUGAGAAUAUCACACAGUGCCCUAUUCAACCAGGAAAAAACUUCACAUAUGAAGUUAUAUUUUCAGACGAAGAAGGAACUCUUUGGUGGCAUGCCCACAGCGAUUGGUCCCGGGCCACCAUCCACGGUGCCAUUGUCAUCCUACCUGAGGAAGGACUCUCUUAUCCAUUUGCCAAACCCUAUGCAGAACAAGUGCUUAUACUUGCGGAAUGGUACAAUGGAGAUGUCAAGGAAUUAAUUGAUAAUGCUACAACAACAGGAGCUGAUCCACAGAUAUCAGAUGCCUACGCUAUCAAUGGUCAGCCAGGAUUUCCAAAUAAUUGCUCUAAUGAAACAACAUAUCGUUUCCCAGUCGAAUACGGAAAGACAUAUCUUCUUCGUGUUGUUCAUGCUGGGAUGAAUGAAGAAAUGUUCUUUGGAAUAGCAAAACACAACCUCACUGUUGUUGCCCAAGAUGCCGCAUACAUAAAGCCCAUAACCACCGAUUACGUCAUGAUGACCCCAGGGCAAACAAUGGACAUCUUGUUCACAGCAGACCAAGAUCCCAGCUACUAUUACAUAGCUGCAACACCUUUCGUUGACGCUAAUGUUCCAUUCGAUAGUUCCAACACUUCGGCGAUUAUGCAAUAUGCGGGAAAUUAUACUCCUCCAUCCUCUCCUCCAUAUCCUUCCCUUCCUAAUGCCACUGACAGGGAUGCUGCAGAAAACUUCACAACUCGCAUAAGGGCCUUGGCAAGUAGUGAGCACCCCAUCAAUGUCCCUACAGAAAUCGACACGCAAAUUUUCAUUACAGUUUCUGUAAACGAGAUAUUUUGCCCUAAUGAAUCGUGUGGGGGUCCAAAUGGGAAUAGGCUGUCUGCAAGCUUAAACAACAUCAGUUUCCUGACUCCAACGAUUGACAUCCUGCAAGCGUAUUACAAAAACUUGUCGAACGUGUUCACCAAAGAUUUCCCCAAUAAGCCACUCUACGUUUUUAACUUCACGGGAGAUGUGGGAAACAACACAUUAUAUCCAAGCCAAGGGACAAAUGUUACGACGAUAGAUUAUGGGGCGGCUGUGGAAAUAGUGUUCCAAGGGACUAAUGUUCAGACUCCAGAGAAUCAUCCGAUGCAUCUGCAUGGUUUUAGUUUCUAUUUGGUAGGGACGGGCUAUGGCAAUUUCAAUGAGACCACUUCUCCUGAAACAUAUAAUUUGGAGGAUCCACCGGAAGUUAACACCAUUGGUGUUCCUAAGAAUGGGUGGGCAACAAUUAGAUUCAUUGCCAAUAAUCCUGGGGUUUGGUUUAUGCACUGUCAUUUGGAACGACAUGCUUCUUGGGGUAUGGCCACUGUUAUCAUUGUAAAGAAUGGACCCACAAACGAUACAAGCGUCCUCCCAAUACUCCCAGACAAUUUGCCUAUUUGUUCUUAGUUUUUCAAGAAUAAUGUGUGCUUCAAGAAUGAGACCUGAUUUCUCCAUAUAUGGAAUCAAUUCAUGGAUUGAGUGCAUGGGACAUGAUUUGCAUAUCAUGUGGAGAUUUAAAUUUGCGUGUAAAAUAAUUUGAUUCCA